AUGGCUAGCUUGGCGUUCAACAGAACCAAUCCUUACCCUUCCUCUUCUCAACAACAUCCCAAUUCCCAACACAAUCACAAUCUUUCUGUCCCUUCCUUCUGUGGGCCUCUCUAUCCACAGCACCCUAUCAGACCUUUGCAUCCAAAUUCUCCUUUCAGGAAACACCCUCUUCGUCUCUUUCACCCCAAUCCCUUCAAACUUACACCCCCAACAUACUUUCACCUCUUUCCCCAACUGGAUUCUCUUCAAAAUCUGAUUUUUUUUGCCCCUGCUUUUCUGAAAGCCAUGAAUUUCAGGAACUUGGAGGAUUUCUGGGCCUUUUAUGUCAACCAGCACUCGAAGCCAUCCACGAGAAGGUGGCACUUUGCGGGCACGCUCUUCAGUAUUUUCUUCUUGCUCUGUUCAUUUUUCUUCAGCUGGUGGUUUUUGUUCUUUGUGCCCUUUUCUGGGUAUGGUUGUGCCUGGUACAGUCACUUCUUUGUGGAAGGGAAUGUUCCAGCAACUUUUGGACACCCCUUUUGGUCGCUCUUGUGUGAUUUCAAGAUGUUUGGAUUGAUGCUUACUGGGAAAAUGGAUAGAGAGAUCAAGAGGCUUGGGAAAAGACCUGUGUUGCAAGUGUUCUGA